CAGAAGGGUGAGAGGCUCCACGAGGAACAACAUAUCAAGGAACUCAGUGCCUGAGAUAUAAAUAGAGCAAUUACGAAGUACGAGAUGACUCUAAUCUACUUAAUGUAAAGCAGUAUGAUGGUCUUCACUAUGGUAACAUUUAUCAGCUUUCUGGUACUAUGGGCAGGUUACCACGCCUUUGUAGUGCCUACCAAUGAUGAGAGUACAUCAAAAGAAUUACUUGAGUUAUCAUAUGACAAGAUAAGCAAGAGUACUGGUUUGCAAGAGCCCAAGUUGGAAAGUAAAGAACAUUUAGAGUCACAUAUUAGAGGUGAAGGAAUCGUGCUCCAGUCAAAAGGUUCGACAAUUUUUCUACAGAGUUCUAUUCAGCAGCAGUUAAGGGUAUCAAAGUAUCGUAAUAGGAAUUCAUAUGUACUAACAGGAAUAACCGCAACACUCCUCAAAACUUUACAAGAUCUAGAAAGUAAAUCUGAUAAAAAAAUUAGUCUCAAAGGUGUUGAAACACAUCUGAUGUCAAAACAGGAGCAGCUUAACACUCAAGGUUAUGGGCAAGGACUUGAGAAACAGACUACUGAACAUUAUUUGCCUAUACCUGAUAUCCAGGAAACAAAUAUAGUGAAGAAACAAUACUUAAAUACUAGAGACAAACAUAAAGUACAGAAGUUAACUACACGAGACAAAAAAACAAUUAAUGUAUAUGAUCUUAUUUCUGAAAGUCAUAGGAAUGAUGAACAAAUGGAAGCCACAUAUCUUGAUGGUAGUGAUGAUGAUAAUUUUUUCAAAGAAAGUUCCACGUCAAAUGAGGAAAGGUCCAAAUAUUCAGAGAAUCAUUAUGAUAUUGAGGAAAAACAAUUUAAAAUGAUGGACAGAAUUAACAGUCCUUUGGCACAUACGGACAUAGAUAAUAUUGGUAAAAAUGAAGGGAAUGCUGAUGGUAUCUUCAAUAGGAAUGGUUAUAAAUAUUUUAACACUUUAUAUACACUGUAUUCUUUAAUUAUAUAUGUAGUAAAUCAGGAUUAUGAGGAAAAAGAAAAUGUUCUAACAUGGGAAAAAGAGAAUCCAUAUAUAGAAAGUGAGAGGGACUUAAAACACAACAAAGAGAACUCAACAUUAUAUGGUUUAAAACUAAUUGAAGAACAAAAGAGAAAAGACAGUCCUUUGGCACAUACGGACAUAGAUAAUAUUGGUAAAAAUGAGGGGAAUGCUGAUGGUAUCUUCGAUAGGAAUGGUUAUAAAUAUUUUAACACUUUAUAUACACUGUAUUCUUUAAUUAUAUAUGUAGUAAAUCAGGAUUAUGAGGAAAAAGAAAAUGUUCUAACAUGGGAAAAAGAGAAUCCAUAUAUAGAAAGUGAGAGGGACUUAAAACACAACAAAGAGAACUCAACAUUAUAUGGUUUAAAACUAAUUGAAGAACAAAAGAGAAAGGACAAAUAUCAAAAGGAACACCAACAUGUGGAAACAAUUAAUCCAGCUCCUCUAAUCUCACAUGCUAACAUUACUGAAACUGCAGAAACCCCAAAAAAUAUCAGUAAAACAACUUAUGAUUUGGACCUUUCAGAAAGUGAUGGUAAUUAUGAGGUCAUAAAUUUACUGCCUCUUGAAAAAAAUGAAGAAAUAGGGCCGACUGAUGCAACAGAUGAACAUUUAGAAAGUUCCGGGUGGAAGAUUUAUGUAAUAAUUUCUGCUUCAGUUUUAGUGUGUUUAAUACUGGUAUCAUUCUGUGUGGGUUAUCUAGCAAAAGUUUAUCGAUGGGAAAGAAAUCGUAAGCAACAGGAAACUCUCCAAGCUUUACAGUACCCUGCAGCUACGUAGUUGUAUCUAUAUAAGAUGAUGUUCCUGUUUGUAUGAUUCUUGUCUUUAUUUUAAGGUUCUACUGUAGUACAUUAUAUAAUUUCCAAUCCAGCUUGACUUUUUUGCAACCACAUUCUGCACUGCUAACUUACCGUACUUAA